AUGAGCACUGAUGGUAGAGAUUACCACACAGAAAUGAAUGGCAAAGUAUUUGAACAAUGGGUUGAGAAACAGCUAGUUCCAGCUUUGCCACCAAAACGUCUUAUAGUAAUGGACAAUGCAUCUUACCACAGUGUCCGUGUUGAUGGAACAAAAGCUCCAACAUCUAACUCCCGAAAAGGCGAUAUGAAAGACUUUUUAAAUAAAAAUGGUCUCGAAUUUGAUAGCAAGUUUACAAAACCAAAGUUAUACGACAUAAUAAAAUCAAAGAAAAUCGCCCCUGUAUAUAAAGUAGACGAAUUCCUUAAAAAAAUGGGGCAUGAUGUACUUAGACUCCCCCCUUACCAUUGUGAUUUAAACCCUAUUGAACUUAUAUGGGGAGCUUUGAAAGGAUUUAUUGGUAAAGAAAAUUCAACAUUUAAACUUAAUGAUGUUAAAUCACUUAUCCAAAGAGGAUUUGAACAAAUUGAUAGUACUAAGUGGUUAAAAUCAUGUGAUCAUGUUAAUAAUAUCAUUGAACCAAGCUAUUGGAAAAAUGAUGCAAUCCAGGAAGAAAUUCAAAAAAUUGUUAUACAUAUUCAAUCUGAUUCUGAAUCUGAGAGUGAAAUGAAUGAUUCUAGUGAUGGAGAUGAGACUGAGGAUUAUGAAUGGCCGUAA